AUGCGCUUGACCAAUGCAAUUGUGACCUUCGCUGUUUCCAAAGCAAGCAGUGAGGCCUCGUCGAGCUUUUGCAACCCUGAGAUAUUCCCCCCUUGCGACGUGGGGGUGCGGAUUGGCCGGGACGCCCCAGGUCUCUGGACCACAAAUGGAACUCGGCUGGCCGUAAAAGCGAGCCGAUCCAGCCGGUUCCUCCGCAUCAGCGGGAGACUUCCGCCAGUUUCGCGCCGCCAUGAACUGGCACUACCAGAUGAAGUACAGGCGGCAGAGAAGGCCAUCAUUUCUAUCCAAGCUGGGCACGAUGCCUCAAUAGCCAUCGCCAAAGGCAGCCGCAUUCAGUGUGUGUUGGAGCUGGAAAGGCUCUUCGAGAUUCGCUACUUUCCAGAGGCGGUGAACAACUUCCAGAGGAACUGGAGAUAUGCUUUGGAGACCGUCCGAGAUCGAUGCGACUGCGAAGAUGGGCCAUGUCCAACACAGUUCGACAUUGGCAUCAUGGUGGGUUUCGGACUGCGUUUGAAGAUGCAGUUCACUUGGCUCCCAAAGGUGGUGGAGCUGGUGUAUUCUGUGGACCAGUGGCGCAACGUCAACCAUCAUGAAGCUCAUGCACUGAUGGCUUACUUCAGUUCCCCAUUCCGCAGUGCUUUUGUACUGUCCUACGAUGGUGGCGGCAACGAUGGAGUCUUCAAUGUGUUUCUGGCUCGAGGCCAAGAGCUGUGGCGGAUUGGUCGGAAGCCCCUGAAUCUGGGAACGGGCUACCACCGGCUGGCCAGCUAUCUGCCUCAGGUAACCGGUGCGAGUGAGCUGGGGACGGUGGCCUGCGCAGCUUUGGAGGAGGAGGGCGAUUGGAUCGAUCUGAAGUACAGCUUCGGAGACUCUCUGGCCUUGGGCUUCGCCGGAAAGCUCAUGGGCUUUUCUGGUUUGGCAGCUCCCAGCAAGAAGGUGGGCCCUUGGAUUCGGCGAUUUUACGAUCGCCUGGAGCAUCAUCGCAACGAGGUGCCGCGUGCAAUGCUCGAGAAGAUCUGCGAAGGGGAGCUUGGCGAGCGAGAGGUGGCCGCUUCCAUCCAAGCGGAAUUUGCCGCCAUCGUCCAGGAGGUGCUGGUCGACUACCUCGAAGAGCUGGAGAGGAAGAGGGUCAGCGUGGAGGGCAUCGUAUUGACUGGGGGCUGUGCACUGAACGUGGUGGUAAACCAGCUUAUUCGCGACAACCUCACCGAAGCAAUGUCAGAAGAGCCAAACCAUAGCAAGCCGCAGGAUGUCUACGUACCACCAGCUCCCAACGAUUCGGGACUCACGGUCGGAGGGAUUUGGUCCGUGUUGCCGCCAACCGGGCCGAGGCAAAAACUACAGUACCUGGGCUUCCGUUUGUGGGAUUUGGAGACUUUGGACAAGGCCGCAGAAGUGCGAGGGGCCCGCCGCCUCUCGGAGUUGGGCGGCGUGGAGUUCUUGGCCCAUCUGCUGGUGGGAGGUCACGCAGGUCACGCAGGUCACGCAGGUGAUGGUAGCACAGCCUCCAUUCUCGGCAGCAGCAGCGAGAGCAGCGACAGGGAGGGCGAGGCCAAAAACCGCACGCGAAGGCCCAUCAUGGCUGUGGUCCGCGGGCGCCAGGAGUUUGGACCUCGAGCUUUGGGGCACCGGUCCCUCCUUGCGGUCCCUGACUCGCGGGAUCUACGCGACCGAAUGAACCGGCUCAAGUCGCGGCAGUGGUACAGGCCGGUAGCACCUAUGAUCGCGGAGGAGGGGUUGGAAGAAGUUUUCGGACACAAGUAUCUGUCUCCCUCCAUGGAGUUUGCGCCGAUUGUCAGGGAGGACGUGCGAGAGCGCUUCCCCGCCCUGGCACACUUUGAUGGCACUGCCCGACAUCAGUCCGUGAGCAAAGGGGAUGAGCCCUGGGUUCACGCCCUAUUGCUGGCAGUGGGCAAGCUGAUUGGGCUGCCUGCACUGAUCAAUACGAGCUUCAACUCUCGUGGCAAGCCUAUCGUCAACACGGUGGCCGAGUCCUUGCAGAUGCUGGACGAACUCGCGGAUCUCGACUACGUGCUGAUCGAGGACUGGCUGUUCCGUGCCCCGGAAAAGAAGCAGAUCGUCCACGCAGACGUGCCGAGAGCUGGAGUGGAGUGGUUCUCGCGGCGAUGA